AUGGCAUGGAAGGGCAUGUUAUUCAUUAUGCACACAGUUGCAUGUUCAUCGGCCAUAAAGAUUGCAAAUACACGGUCGGAGUCAUCGUUAAUAACACUGAAAAAUAAUGUUAAUGCUUACUGUAACACAAAACAAGUCAAUCAAGCAAUCAACGUGAGCACUGCUGGGCACCUCAAGAAAUCAUUAGAAAAGGUUAUUGAAGGCGCCCACGUGAGAAAGUGCACUUCGAAUUGCAUAAAAAGAAGCAAAUUCGUGAAAAUAAGUUCGAUCCUUAUUUUAGUUAAACUUUUGAAAGAGAUGCAACUGAGUACAGAAAGUCUUGGUACAAAUGAAACAAUGUCAUGUGAAACUGAAAAUGUAUGGAGGAAGCUAAAAAACUUUGAGGGUUUACUUAAAAAUGGUUAA